CUCAUAAUUCUAUAGCGUUCAACUACCCACUUUCUCAUGGAUCCAAUAGUCAACCAGGGGUGGACCUCAUCCGAGGUAGAGGAGGCAUGCUCACUCAUUGCUAGGCUCAACACCAACAAAAUCAUGUACGACGACAACGAUGACAAGAACAAGAAGCAUAAUUACAUCAUGGAUUCUCUCCGUGCAUUGUUUCCUUCAAAGACCAUGAAAGAGGUAACAGAUCUUUAUAUUAAUCUCGCCGUGGAAAUGCAUAUGAUCCAACGGAGGGAGGGAACCCAUGUUACUAGUGGUAGCCCGCAAAACAUUUUCACCUUUUGUGACCCUGUCAACGGUAACUAUGAGCUACCGAAGGAGGAGAAUGGUGCUAGCAGCACACACGUUAUCUACACCAUGGGCGACCAUGCGAAUGAAAACUUCGGUGUACGAGACGAGGCAACAAUCAUGGACAACAAUGGAUUGUCCUUUGGUUGUGUAAUGGAGGAUACGGGGAUCACGGUGACGGGUGAGGCACCGCUGAUGGCAGACACCAACAAGAUGGAGGUGUUGGAGAACAAUAUUUCCAUAGAUCAACCAGUUGUUGCCCCACAUCAAUGUGGUUUUUGGAUCGACGAGGAACACAGCAUGGGCGGCCUUGUUAAUGAAAACUUUGAGGUACAAGAGGACGAGGAUACGACCAUGAUUGAUAAUGGGUUUUCAUUUCGUUGCGCACUCGAGGAUACAACGCAACUGGAGGAUACAAGAAUCAGGAAGAUGGAGGAGGCUCCGAUGAUGGUAGACAAGAACAAGAUGGUGUUCUUGGAGAACAAUACUUCCACUGAUCGACCAGUUGUUGCCGCACAUCAACGAAAGUAUUGGACCAAAGAGGAACACAAGUCAUUUCUUUAUGGGCUGGAAGUCUAUGGCCGUGGCGACUGGAAAAACAUAUCCAAGCACUUCAUCACCACUAAGACCCCUGUCCAAAUUUCAAGCCAUGCACAAAAGUUUUUCAAGAGAAUACAGAAAAAGGGAUCGUCAGGGACAAAGCGUUACAGCAUCAAUGAUGUCAGGCUCCAUGACAAUGAGCUAUUGGCAGCAAAUAAUAGUUCUGCCCCUCGGCAAACCCUUUCUUUCACCGGCCUCAGUAAUGACCCAAGCUUUAGGUUGCAGGGUCCGACGAGCUCGUUCGCAGUCAUGAACAACCUAACUCAGUGCUCCCCUUCCGUAUAUAAUCAACAAGUGGGUCGGCAGCCAAUGUGGAGUGAGCAGCAGAUGAUGGGUUCUGUUGCAGCUGUAAUGGACGGGGUAGGAAGCUAUGUGCCUGAUGGCCAACAAGGGAGCUUAUUUUUGUCUUGGCAAUGUAUGAACAAGAUGUAGUAGAUCGUAGGCUUGGGCCAUGUUUGGAAUGCUAGCCAGGCAUGUGUCCAUGAAUAAACGGACUGUCCUCCUAAAGAUGGCAACAAGACAUUAUGGCCAGCAUGUGUGUUUAAUAAGUGAAUAAAUAGUUCUGUUUCCAUAUAUAAAAAGUAUUUCACCUUCGAUAGUC